AUGGGCAUAUUCAAAGCCCAACAUGUGGCCUCCACGGGUCUUGUCUCGAAUGUAAGCGCACCAUCGGAAUCUCCAACCUCGAACGAUGUCGAGAAAGAUGGAGGCACCGAGCUCAAAGAGUCACCCACGACCAUUGUCCGAAUAGACCCUGCACUGGAGAGGAGGGUCGUGCGCAAAAUCGACCUGCGUGUGACUCCACUCGUCACCUUCUUGUUCCUACUUUCAUUUCUCGACCGAUCGAAUAUCGGCAAUGCGCGUAUUGCUGGUAUGGAAGAUGACCUCGAUCUGACCGGCGAUCGAUAUGACUGGUUGUUGACGAUAUUCUACAUAUCAUAUAUUGUGUUCCAAUUCCAGGGUUUCAUGUGGAAGAUAGUAAAGCCACAUACUUGGGCUUGCUUUAUCACUCUUGCCUGGGGAAUUGUUGCAACCUGUCAAGCAGCCACCCAGUCGUGGGGAGGAGAGAUGGCCUUGCGAUUCCUGCUCGGUGCUGCCGAGGCGGGCUUCGGGCCGAGCAUUCCAUACCUGCUCAGUUUCUUCUAUCUCAGACACGAGCACGGUUUCCGCAGCGGCAUCUUCCUCGCAGCUGCUCCUCUCGCCAACACAUUCGCAGGAGCUCUGGCGUACGGAAUCACGAGUGGCCACCCAAGUAUUGCCAAAUGGAGGCUGCUCUUCCUUGUGGAAGGCAUUCCAACCAUCCUUGCUGCUCCUAUAGCGUGGUUCUACCUCCCCGACAGCCCGACCAGUGCUAGGUUCUUGACCGCGGAAGAAAAAGAGGUUGCGAGAGCAAGAGUCAUCAGGCAGCAUGGUCACCAAGAGGAAGGAAAACACCGCGUCAGUCUUAAGGAGAUCGGCGAAACACUGAUUGAUGCCAAAGCGUGGUUUACAGCGUUGAUGUACUUCUCGUGCAAUGUGUCGUAUUCGUCGUUACCGGUCUUCUUGCCCACGAUCCUCAAUCAAAUGGGCUUCUCCUCCAUCAACGCUCAAGGGUUGUCGGCCCCGCCAUAUUUCGUCUCCACCAUUGUCACGGUUUUGACAUGUUGGAUUGCGGACCGAACUCAACAACGGGGACUCAUGAUUGCCUUCCUCAGCUGUGUGGCCGGGAUCGGGUAUAUCCUUCUCGCGACGUGCACGGCGGUUGCCCCGAGGUAUUUCGGAACAUUCCUCUGUGCGUCCGGAGUGUUUCCCGCCAUCGCCAACAUUUUGCCGUGGGUGGUCAACAACCAGGGAAGCGAUAGUCGUCGUGGAAUGGGAAUAGUCCUCCUCAACCUGGUCGGGCAAUGUGGGCCACUUCUCGGAACUAGGAUAUUUCCUAAAUCCCAGGAGCCCCGCUACGUGGAAGGACAAAGUAUUUGUGCGGCAUUUAUGUUCUUCAAUGCAUUGCUGGCCCUGUCGUUGAGAACGCUUUUGGUGUGGGAGAACAAAAGGUUGGACAAGAAGUACGGAUCCCAGGGCGGUCCGGAGACGCAAAUGGCGACGGGUGGCAAGGCUGACGCGAAUGUGGGAGAGGAGAACUACGGGAGCACAUUCAGGUAUAUUCUCUAG